AUGGCGGAUAGUCCGAUCCCAAAGCUCCAAACCUGCGUGGAGAUCAAGUCGAUUCCACCAACCUCAUUUGCGAGAAUGUCGACUGAACUCAGCACGGAAGAGUUGCUCAAGGAGCACCGAAUUCCAUUCCCCUUUUUCAGGCGGAUUUCCGAGAGAAAGGAGAGCACAUGGAUCAUCUCUCUGUUCGUCAUCCUGCAUUUGAUCGCUUUUGUCACAACCAUGGCUGUGAAUGAUUGUUGGGGAAAUUCUCACGGUCAGUGUGCCUUCAAGCAACUCGGUAGGUUCUCGUUUCAGCCGCUGUCGGAGAACCCCCUGCUCGGCCCCUCGGCCUCUACGCUGGACACAAUGGGGUCGCUUCGACUAAGGUAUCUGGAAAAUGAUAAACAAUUAUGGCGUCUUUUCACAAGUCCAUGUUUGCAUGCAGGCGUUUUCCACCUUAUCAUCAGCCUCUCUAGCAUGACUUUUGUUGGAAUUCACUUGGAGCACGAGUUUGGUCCAUUAAGGAUUGGAGUUAUCUACAUACUUUCUGCUCUUACGGGUUCAUUGCUAGCAUCCCUAUUUCUACAAGACAGGCCUUCAGUAGCUUCAUCCGGGGCAUUAUUUGGAUUGCUUGGUGCCACGCUAUCUGGGCUUAUCCAAAAUUGGAAAGUUUACUCCAAAAAGUUUGCAACUCUCAUUGCUUUUGCUACAAUCUUAUUGCUAAACAUCAUCCUUGGCCUGAUGCCACUCAUCAAUAACUUUUCAAACAUUGGAGGAUUUAUCUCCGGCUUCACUGCUGGUUUCAUGCUCCUGUUUAAGCCUGAAGCAAGGAAACUGUACCAAAACAGAAGAGGCAUUUUUGAUUAUGAUGUCAAGAGUUCCAUCAAACUUGAGAGGAAGUUGGACAGGCGAACUUCAAGGAUUGUUUCUCUUAUUGUCCUCAGCCUUCUAGUUGCAGGAAGUGUUGUGGCCCUUCUUCAACACGUGAAUUUGAACGAAUACUGUGCCUGGUGCAAGUACUUGGAUUGUAUCCCCUCUAAAUGGUGGAGCUGCAGUGACCAAACAAUGGAAUGCCAGGCAAUGGUAAGUGCAGCACAGUUGACUCUGACUUGCUCCAUCAAUGGCAAGUAUAGGGUGCUUCCCUAUGCUAAUGUUUCACAUGCUAGGAUUGAAGACCUCUGCAACCUCCUGUGCUCUUAGAAGAUCGCUUUUCUCUCUACAGAUACACGGGUGCAUGAACACAACACAAUGAUGUGCAAGCACAGA